AUGGUCUACCCAGAUACCGCCGAGGGCUUCAUGAUCGAGGACCAGAAGAAGUGGCAGGAUUUCAAGAAGCAGGAGUUCAAGCUCAAGCCUUUUGAGGACCGUGAUAUUGAUAUCGCUGUCGAGGCGUGCGGUGUGUGCGGCUCUGAUGUCCACACUAUCACUGGCGGAUGGGGAGACUGCCCACUUCCAAUCUGCGUCGGUCACGAGAUCGUCGGCAAAGCCAUCAAAGUCGGCAAAGACGUCAAAACCAUCAAAGUCGGCGACCGCGUCGGCGUAGGCGCCCAGAUCCAAGCCGACCUGACCUGCAACAACUGCAAGGCCGACCAAGAGAACUACUGCCCCAACGCCGUCGACACCUACGGCGCGCCAUACAAAGAUGGAACAAUCGCGCAGGGAGGAUACUCGUCUCAUGUCCGCGCGCACGAGUACUUUACUUUCAAGAUUCCGGAUAAUAUCUCGAGCGAGAUUGCCGCUCCUAUGCUUUGUGCAGGUCUUACGGUCUACAGCCCGCUCGUGCGGUUAGGUGCUGGGCCGGGUAAGAAGGUCGCUAUCGUUGGGAUGGGCGGUCUCGGCCACUUCGCCGUCCUCUGGGCCGCCGCCCUCGGCGCCGAAGUCUACGUCCUCUCGCACAGCCCUUCCAAGAAAGACGACGCCCUCAAAAUGGGCGCCAAGCACUUCAUCGUCACCAACGACGAAGACUGGCACAAGCCCUACGCCUUCAACUUCGACUUCAUCCUCAACUGCGCCGACGCCACGCACAAAUUCAACCUCAAGGACUACUUCAGCACCCUGAAAGUCAUGGGCCGCUUUCACACAGUUGGCUUCGGAGACCAUCCUCUCCCAACUCUCAUGGCGCAGGACUUCGCGCCGAAUGGCUGCUAUAUCGGCGCGUCGCAUAUCGGCAACCGCCCGGAGAUGUUGGCCAUGUUCGAUUUGGCGAGCAAGCAGGAGAUUCAGAGCUGGAUCCAGACGGUGGAUAUUAGCGAGGAAGGGUGCAAGGAGGCGGUGACGGCUGUGUCGGAGAAUAAGGUCAGGUAUCGGUAUGUGUUGACGGGGUAUGAUAAGGUUUUUGGGAAGAGGGAUUAG